AUGAAAGGUUCAAUGACGGAUGAGGAUUAUUUGCAAUUCAACAGUGAAGCGUUUCUCCGAGAGUUGGCCGCCGAUUUAGCCGAUAGCGGUAAUCAAAGUGAUCGAUUCAGCUCUCAACGACGACGCCAUGAAGAUAGGAUUCCCGUCUAUACUCGGAGUGCUUGUGGAAACCCGAAUUCCGAUCAGGGACUCGUCGAGCGCUCCCAACACUACAAUCAGACGAUAGAUCGAAGAGUGAUGACUGAUGCGAGAAUCGCUUUUGAAGAAGAACAGUUGAAGUGCGGAAGAACAGAGGAAUCGGAUGAUCUCGCAACUUCUUGCCAGAAUAUACCGAAACGAGGACGUGGAGAUUACUUUGGAAAAAUGCGCAGUGCUGGAGUCAGUGAAGCUGAUUCUGGAGAGAAUACCUCGUCAGCAACACUAACGCCAUCAUCGACAGACUUUUCGAACAACAACAACAACACUGCCAACUUCUACAACAAUACCUUCAAGAAAACGCCGAACUGCUUGAAAUUCCGCCAAUGGAGACAGCCAAACCACUGGAACGACGACUCUCGUAACGAAACAAUCGACGUUGAAAGAAGUUUCAGCUACCAACCCCCGCGCCGUUUUACCUCUCCAUUCGCUGAAACUGACGAUCAGUCAUCACAGCCUAGACAUCACUUCAAUCCGGAUACUGCAUACAAGGGAAAAAUAACACCAGAUUUCCGCUUCAAUUACAAUCCUCAAGCUACGGCAGCUAUCCCAUUCCCACACGUGGUCGCACCAGUGAACGUCGUCUAUCCUGGAGUCGUUCCACUCGUGAAGCCACUGGUUGUCACUUCUGCUGCCAGUGUGACACCGAUUCGUCUUGGACAACGAUAUCCGAAGAGACCUGAUAAUAAUCCUCCGCAACCAUCUGUACCAAGACAUCUCAAUCAUAACUACUACCAGAUCGAACUAUAUGGAGCCACACAAGAAGAGAGAAUUGCACAGAGAAUUGAAAAAACGGUUCGACAAACAGAGGCACCAAUACGACGAUUCUGA